UCAAUAGCAUGUGUGGGGAAUACAUGCCAUAUAAGCAAAUCUUCUUGGAGUUUCCUGUUUCAGAAGUUACAAAAAUAGACUACACUGUUGUUAUAUAGUUGUAGGUAACAAUUAGCUCCCUUAAUCUACGUUUAACAGACAAACCCUGGAGAUUAGACAUUCUAUAGACAUGCUAUUGGUUCUUUUGAAUCUCUUUUCUCACUUUGCAGAUAUGGCUGAUAGACCCUUAAAGGUUGGAAUUGUAGGAUAUGGACAUUUAGGACAGUUUCUUGUUGAGAAGAUCCAAAGGGAAGGGCCUAAAGUGGGGCUGCAAAUAGCAUUCGUUUGGAACCGAAAUCUAGACAAACUUAAAGAUUCAUUGCCCGAAGAGCUCAUUCUACAUGACCUCUCAGAUUUCACACGCAGAGUAACUGAUGUAAUAGUGGAGGUGUGUCAUCCACAGAUAGUUAAAGAGUUUGGGUGCAGAUUUCUGUCGCACGCUCAUUUCCUGGUGGGCAGCCCUUCGGCUCUCUCCGACACCCAGCUUGAGCACGACCUCCGCACUGCUGCAAAGCAACAUGGAAAAACACUUUAUGUGCCCAGUGGUGCAUUAUGGGGUGGCCAAGAUAUUCAAAAAAUGAACGACAGCGGAACAUUGCGGGCUCUAUCAAUCCGAAUGUCAAAACAUCCCUCUUGCUUUCGACUGACUGGUGGCUUGCUCUCUGAUUGGACGGAGGGAGAGGGGAGGCGGGUCUUGUACCACGGCUCAGUAGCAGAGCUCUGCCCCAUAGCCCCCAACAAUGUGAACACGAUGGCAGCUGCGGCCAUAGCCGCAUCAAAGUUGGGCUUUCAUGGGGUUACUGGAGAAAUCGUUUCAGACACUGCAUUAGCAGACUACCAUAUUGUGGAGGUUGAGGUAAUAGGUCCAGAUGGGUUCUCUGUGAAAACGGUAAGACAGAACCCCGCCAAACUGGGAGCUGUAACAGGAAAUGCCACAUACAAUUCCUUCUGGAGCAGCUUACUGGUCUGCAAGGGUCAUGGAGGAAGGGUGUAUCUGUGUUGACAACAUUGGAUUUCUGCAGAAAGUGUACAAGUUAACCGAAGUAUUACAGUUGCACGAUGAAAUAAUAAAAAAAAAUUGAUGUCAUGUCAAUAAUGUUGUAGACUUUAAUCUCUGUUGUACAGCCUUGACAGACAUGACAAAUUUAAACAGUGCUCGUGUGUAUUACAGUAUCAAUGAUCAUCCAGUGCAUUCAUUUGGCAGGUUAGUUUUUGCAACAUUGCUUGUGAUUCUUUAAAGGUGCUAUAAGCAAAUUCAGGCCUUUUUAGGCUAAAACAUUUUUUGUCACAUACAGAACACAUCUCCACACUAUCCGCUAUCUGCCUGUCCCCUGAACCCACUGU